AUGUCGUCUAGAGUUUUGCUGCUGGACAUUGAAGGUACUGUGUGUCCCAUUGCGUUUGUGAAGGAAGUACUUUUCCCCUUCUUCAGUGGUAAAGUGCCCAGUUUGGUGAGCUCCGGUGAGCCAGCGGUGGAGGAAUUGCUCACGCAAUUUCCCCAGGAUAAGCAACAGUGUCUGCAAGAGUACAUCUUGGAGCUGGUGGACCGCGAUAUCAAGGAUCCCGUGUUGAAGCAAUUGCAGGGCCACGUAUGGGCACAAGGCUACGAGCAGGGCGAGAUCAAGGCACCGGUGUAUCGGGAUGCCAUUGAGCUGAUCCGGAGGGGCGGCGAGGUGUACAUCUACUCGAGUGGGUCUGUGAAGGCGCAGAAGUUGCUGUUCGGACACGUGGCAGACCCAGACAGUGACCGGCGCUUGGACCUGCAACCGUUUAUCAGAGGCUACUUCGACAUCAACACUUCUGGGAAGAAGACGGAGGCGGAGUCAUACCGUAGGAUUUUGAAAGACAUGGGCAGAGAAGCGCGGGACGUGUUGUUCAUAAGCGACAACGAAUUGGAGCUGGACGCGGCCAGCGAAGCCGGGCUGAACACGCUGCUGGCUGUCAGGCCUGGCAAUGCUCCGAUCUCCAGCAACAAGGGAUACGAGAUUGUGAAGGACUACUCAGCGUUGUAA